AUGAGUACGGAAGAGACUCUGUUGAAUCUCGACUUCGACAAACCAAGCACAGUUAUUACGCCGCCCGAUGACGGCGUGGUUUCUCUCUCGAGUAGUGCUGAAGACAUUUGCUUAGUCCCUGAGAUUGAAUUUGAGGGCACCGUGGAUUCUCCGGGUGUCAACCGUGAGUCGCAACCGCUUCUUGGCGGUCGCGGCGACAUAGAAGUAUCAUUCAACCAUUUUCCAGAUGACCCUCAAUUUAGCGAAUUAGUAUGGCAAGCCGAGGUAGCCAUCGACAAUGGAAUAUUCCCAGAGAGGAUAUAUCAAGGUUCCAGCGGGUCGUACUUUGUCAAAAAUCCUGGAGGAAAAAUAAUCGGCGUUUUCAAACCGAAAGAUGAAGAGCCAUAUGGAAGACUGAAUCCCAAAUGGACCAAAUGGAUGCACAAGUUAUGCUGUCCGUGCUGUUUUGGGAGGUCAUGCCUUAUCCCCAAUCAAGGGUACCUUUCAGAGGCUGGGGCAAGCCUUGUGGAUUCCAAGAUCGGUCUCAAGAUCGUGCCUAAGACUAGGAUGGUGAAAUUAGUAUCAGAAACCUUCAAUUAUCUGCGAAUCGACCGCGAGAGAUCGCGACUGAAGCGUGCUAUCACAGAGCAGUUCCCUAAUCUACGAUUUAAUAGAAUGGGUCUUCCCCCAAAGGUGGGGUCAUUCCAGUUAUUCGUAGAAGGAUUUAAGGAUGCGGACUAUUGGCUGCGACGGUUUGAGCAGGACCCACCGCAAGAACAUGUUAUGAAGAAAUUUCAGUUACAAUUCGAGCGUCUUGUCGUACUGGAUUACAUAAUUCGUAACACGGAUCGCGGGAAUGACAAUUGGUUGAUCAAAUAUAUGGCGCCAUCUAACCGGAGUGAGCAGGAUAUGACGGAGCCUUCUGAAUGGAGUGGGGGUGGCAUAGACGUCCGUAUAGCGGCCAUAGACAACGGACUAGCAUUUCCAUUCAAGCACCCGGACUCGUGGCGGGCCUAUCCCUAUCACUGGGCGUGGCUGCCGCAGGCCAAGAGGCCUUUUAGUACUGAGACCAAAGAGUUGGUGUUGCCAUUGCUGUCUGACAUGAACUUCGUUCAGGAACUUUGUGAUGAAUUAAAUAUACUUUUCAAGCAAGACAAAGGCUUCGACAAGCGUCUCUUCGAACGGCAGAUGUCAGUGAUGCGAGGUCAAGUACUGAACUUGACUCAGGCCUUGAAAGACAACAAGAGUCCCGUACAACUCGUACAGAUGCCGGCCGUCAUUGUUGAGAGAUCUAAAAGUGGCACGACCCAAUCUCGUUUCUUCGACUCGUUCCAACAACGCUUCCAGCAAAAAUCACCAUUCUUCUCUUGGUGGUGA